AUGAAACUGGCGACACACCCAUUGAAGGUUGCAUGGACGUCGAGAGAUAGACAGAUCAACUGUCCAAGUCUGAGCUGUGUACCUUUGUGACUGGCGCCAGGAGUUCAUUCUACGUCCCCUCAUCCUCCUCGCCAGCGUGGCUCGCACGACUGUUCUUGCCCUUCUGUCCCAUCGAGUCCAGAUGUUGGUCGUAGGGACCACUACAGUUUAUGUACCCUAAAAGUGUUGUUCCCUCCGCAAGCGUGGACAGUAGAGCGCCGCCAACGAGCCAGCCCAAGUAAGGUGGGCUUAACCGGGAGCCAUGUGAUUGCCGGUCCCACCGAGGACAGAGGAGACGCGAGAGAAUGGGGCGGGCUGUACCAGUGUGUACCAAGUGGGCUAAUUGCUUAUACGGUCGUCUGCCCGGCCGGCCGAGAUGCCGAGACUGGGGGGCGACAGAGACAAGCGGAUUCGCAUGUGGCGAACCAGGGCCAAGUGGAAUUGUGGAAACGAGGGGAGGAGCUGGGCCGGAUUCAGGUCAUUGGUGCAAGUGAAGACAGUCUGAGCAACACUCAUGUACUAUUGUUUACGCCUAGUCAGCAGACAAAAGCGAUGCGAGCCAGAAAGCAUGGUACAUGUAGAGGCAAAUGUAUACUUUUUCGACUCUAUCGGUAG